AUGCCAAAACGUUCCAAAAUUGAACGAAAGAAACAAAUAUUAAAUGAAUUUAUUGAGGAACAAAAUUCUGAAUCCAUUAAAAACCAUGAUUCAUCCUUCAUGAAUGCCAACCCUAUGAUGAAGCCUCUUUCUCCUUCCGAUCAUCAAACAAAUUCUCCCAAAAUUGAAAGAAUGAAAAAAUCAUCCUCCAACUCAUUUUCUUCUCAUCAUGAUGAUUCGACAAAUUUCGCACCAGAGGAAUCUCUCAAUCCAAUCCUGAACAAAAUAUCACAAAAUAUUCAUCCUAUUACUCAUUGUGUAUCAAAUGAUUUACCAUCUCUUUUACAAGAUGCUCAUCAAGCGUUAUCAUCGUUUCUUUCACAUUCUUUCAAGACUUUUUCAAAUGACUCGAUCAUGAUUGUUGGUCCAGGAAAAUCUGGAAAAAAACAUUUAGUGAAAUAUACUUUAAAUAAGCUCAAAGAAAGUGGAGAAUAUUCAUUUAGAACGAUCUAUGUGAAUGGAAUUCAUAUUGCUUCAGAUUCUCAAUUAUUGUCAUGCAUAUUGGAUUCAUUGGCACUCGAACAACAAAUUAAUACAAACAUUGAAACACUCUCAUGUUGUGAUCAAGAAGAUCAUUUUGAUGAACAAGCAACCUAUGUUGAGUUUUUAAAUGCUUUAAAAGAUUUCACAAACCAAAGUAUUAUUUUCGUUUUGGAUCAUUUUGAAAAUUUAUGUCGACAAGCUGGAAAAAUGCUUUAUACUAUCACUGAUACAUGUCAUGAACAUAGACUGAGUAUUGUAAUUAUAGGACUUACCACCAAUGCUUCUAUUGGAACAUGUAUGGAUCGAAGAGUGAGAAGUAGAUUCUCAUCAAGAAGAAUUUACACACUUUUACCAAGAAAUGCUCUUCAAGUAUCUCAAAUUAUGCAAUACUAUUUAUCACUCUCAUGUAAUGACAGUGAUCCUUCUAUUGAAGAGUAUAAUCGUCAACUCCAAAAUUGUCUCCUAGAUCCAGAUGUUGUACAAAUAUUUGAAGAAUGUGUGAUACAAAGUAGUUGUAAAUUUAUUUAUAAUUAUGCAUUGAAAAUUUUUGAACAAAUUCAACCUACUCUUGAGCAAUAUCCAUUACCAGAGAAUUGUGUAAUUUUUACUCCAAACGUAUUUAUUAAGGCAUUUAAUGUAUUGGUGAAUCAUCGAUUGAAUUCCAAAUUGUCAUUCAUUCCAAGACUCAAUCAAUGUCAACUCAUUCUCCUAUGUGCCAUCAAGAAAAUGGAGUCUCUCUAUUCAUCGAAUAGAACUUGUUCCAUCGAUAUUAACUUUGAAACAGUAUUCAAUGUUUAUAUGAAAUUUGCCACAGGUGGAGCACAAUCUUCGAACAUUAGACAAGAGCAUGUCUACACAGAAGGAAGGACACAAAUUCAAUUAGACAAACAAGUUAUUUUCCAAUCCUUUCUCUCACUCAUCGAUUUGAAAGUGAUACAUUUUGUGAGUCACAAACAAAUUCCAACAACAAGAAAAGAUCAAUCCAUUACGAAAGUGAGAUUGAAUCAUAUACAUCCUUCUCAAAUUGACAAUGAAAUUGAAAGAUUAUUUAAGGAGAAUAGAUUAAACACGAUGAGUUCUGAAAUGUUGGAGUGGAGUAAGUCCACUGUGUUAUAA